AAUUUCUUUACGUCGAAAAUUCAUAUUUGAUAUGUCAAUGGCCGUCAUCAUAUCGGCAUGAAAUCUUCUCAGUUUUGUGAAAAAGUGUUUUGAGUGACGUGCCUAUAAUUGUUCAGCGGAAUAGCUUUGACCGGAAGUCCGAGUAGCGUUCAUAUCAUACAUUGAAGAAUCGUCUCGGGCCGCGAAUAUGAGCGGAAGAAAGGAAACAGAACGAGCAAAACUCAUCCAAGAGAAAUGUCAAACUUUGCUGACUCAAAUGCUCCGGGAUGAGGACAACAAAUAUUGUGUGGAUUGCGACGCUAAAGGUCCGCGGUGGGCAUCUUGGAAUCUGGGAGUGUUUCUAUGCAUUCGAUGCGCUGGCAUACAUCGCAAGUUGGGCGUACACAUAUCACGAGUGAAAUCUGUGAAUCUGGAUUCAUGGACACCGGAACAAGUUAUCUCGCUGCAACAAAUGGGCAACUCGCGUGCCCGCGCUGUUUACGAAGCACAAUUGCCAGACGGCUUUCGUCGCCCACAGACAGAUUCCGCCCUCGAGAGCUUCAUACGAGCCAAGUAUGAGCAUAAGAAGUACUUAGCUAGGGAAUGGGUGCCCCCAUCGCCGCCGAAGGUCGACUGGGCGAAGGAAAUCGACGAAGAAAUCGAACGACAGAAGCGGAAGAAAAAAGCAGCGCAGGGUGCAAGCAGUUUGGGCUUGGGAGGCCCUCUCUCGAGCGAGAAGAAAAUCACCGCAACGACGAAGCCUGUGCCGAUCCCAGCCCCGUUGCCGAAACCGAAAUCAUCAAACAGCCCGAAAACCAGUCGGACUGUGGAGCCGAUUCACAAUAACUCCGACCUGCUCGGACUGACUUCCCCCACGAAUCCUAGCGGUCCGUCGAGCAGCGUCAGCAACGAUUUGCAUGCGGAUGGCUUCUCUGGGUUCUUGAGCGCUCCUGUUGCCGGCGCCCAGAGCUCUACCAUCAAUGGCGCGACUGAGAAAGCAUCGGAGAAUAAAGAAAACGCCCUGGACAAGGAAGAGGCGGACUUCUUCAACCAGACCAGCAUCAACUCAGGUUCGGAUAAAACCAAGAUGACUAAAGACAGUAUACUAGCACUCUACGGCACAGCACCGACGAGCACCAUAGGACAAUUCAACAAUAAUCCCUUAGUUGGUUUCAAUAACACAUUCAGCCAUCAGCAGCCUGCAGGCGCAGCCGGGCAGUACAUGCCUCAGCAGCAAGCAUUCCCCGCCAUCGUGCCCGGGGGUGCCCCGCCCCCCGUUUCUCAGGCGCAAUUCGGCCAUGCUGGCUUAGCUACUAAUCUUAAUUUAAAUCUUGCGGGAAUGCCGCCCGGGCUUCUAGGACCUCCACAACCUCAUCCUCACACACAGUUCAUGACGCCCCCGAACUCGGUCACGAUGUACAAUCAGCCCGUCAUGACUGCCCCGGGAGCGUUCACGUCCGCUGCUGUGAUGCACCAGCAGGUUGUGCCCUCGCAGCCUGCCUCGUUCGCGCAGUUCCCUCCACAGCCGUUCGGAGCCAUGCCGACUGGAUUUGGACCACCACCCGGUGCAGGCACUAACGUUACUGCCUCCACGCAAUCGACUGCAUCGACGAAUUUAAGCCAACAAUUUGGCAAUCUAAAUUUGGGGAACGUUUGGCAAUAAGGGGUCGCAGCGCGCCUCUGAUGCCGAACUAUUAUAUUGCUAAUGGUAUUUCCUGUGUAUGUUUUCUUUCAUUUUGCACAUCCCUCCCAUAGCCGAAUUGAUGUAUAAUUUUCAUUUCGACAAAGGUACAUGUACUCCCAUUUCGUUGUGUAGAUAAAAGUAUUCGGACCAAACCAGUAUCAGCGUCAGUUUAUUUGGAAUAUUCGUCAACUUCUUUCUCUUUUUGGGUAAAUUUAUUCAACUCUAGGUAGUUCUCGAGCAACAAAUGCAAUGCAAUACAAAAUGGGAUUCCCAAAUAUUAUUAAGACUAUGUAAUUCAUUUUGUUUAAAUAACAAAACGUUAAAUAAAACAAUUUAAAAUGGUAA